AUGACUUUCAUUGUUAUGCGGUAUAUACAUAAAGAUAUUCCACGACCAUUUGAGGUGCCAUUUGGUUCAUGGUUGAUUCCGAUUAUAGGUUCCUUACUUUGCAUUCUUCUUAUCAAAGAUAUACCAUCGGUAGCAGGUUAUCGAUUCCUUGUGUGGACAGGAUUAGGUCAAAUUAUAUAUUUUUCCUAUGGUUUUUGGCACUCUAAACAACGAAAAUUAAGAAAAAUUAGAUCUAUUGUAAGUGGAAUCCAACCUCUACCAACAAUAUCAAGUGUUAUAGAACAACAUACACAAAACGGACUUGAGUCUGAAUCAGCCAAUGGGAAUACUGGAAGUGCAGUAUAA